AUGCAUAUCCUCUGGUAUGUCACCCGGAGAGUCGUUCUCUCACGUACUGACCGGAAGACUGGCAGUCUCCAUGGAGCCGGUACGAACUCUCGAAUUUUCGAGAUUCAGACCGCCGCCAUUCGGUACGAACUCGGAGACCACCACACCUACGACUUCAUUGAAGGCCACCUUCCUGCCCCAUUGCAGCCGGGGAUUGAACUCAUCGCCACCAAGGAUGAGCCGGUGUAUGCUUACUUCGACGAACAGGACCCCGACAGUGGAGUCGUUGCCUACAAACACCUGGAAGAGCUGCUCCACCAUGAGGGGCCCUACGAUGGAGUCAUCGCCUUCAGCCAGACAGGCACCAUGAUUCUGACCUACCUCGCCCAUCUCACCAAAAGCGGGCCGAACUGCCAGCUGCCAUUCAAGUUCGCCAUCAUCCUCUCCAUCACCCACCCACCACUCGACUAUGAGGCCUUCCAGCGCGGAAUAAUAGCGCCAAUCGAUCUGGAAUCCGAGACCUACAAGGAUGUGAUUCCGAUCCCAACCGGCCAUAUCUGGGGCUCGCUGGAUCAGGCGGCCAACAAGGUUGCAUUGACAAAUACCAUCUGCAGGGCGGAGGUGAGAUGGGUUCACAUCGCGUUGAGUCUAUUCCUCGCCACCGCCGAGAUCACAAUUAUCAGUACCUCUCUCAUCACCAUCACGCGUCACCUCGAUGGGGCGGAUCAGAGCACCUGGAUUAUCACCUCCUAUCUGCUGGCCUUUGCGGGUUUUCUCACCGUUUGGGCCAAAUGCAGUGACUUUAUCGGGCUCAAGCUAGCGAUCUUGGUCUCACUAGCCAUCUUCACUGCAUUCUCCGGCGGUUGUGCUGCAGCACAGACCAUGAGUCAGCUCAUUAUCUGCCGCGCUUUCCAGGGCAUGGGUGGAUCAGGGGUCUUUUCCUCGUGCCUUUCCAGCCUGAUCCGAAUGCUUCCCCCUGAGAGGUUCGAUCUCGCCAGUGCCGUGGGGUCAGGCGUGCUGACGUUCGCGCUGAUCCUGGGGUCCUUGAUCGGAGGCGGCAUCAGCACCUCUGGCGACUGGCGCUGGAUCUUCCUGUGCAAUGUCCCCGCAGGAGUCGUGGCUUGGAUCAGCAUCUAUUUCCUGGUUCCGAGAGACUUUGACAGCACCAGCUCGCCUGCAUCCGCUGUCCGAUUGAGGCCGUGGAGCUUCGCCACCAAAGCGGACACUGUAGGCUGCCUGCUUCUCCUCGCGUUUUCCGUCCUCUUCGUGGCCGCAUUCCAGGAAGCGAAUGUCCGGUACGCGUGGUCAUCAGCCACAACCGUCAGCAUCCUGACCAUAUCCGGCCUGCUUCUCGUUGGGUUCAUCGCCUGGGAGUGGCUCGUAGCCAAUCGCAAGUGCUGGGGGUUCGAGCCCAUCCUGCCCUGGGGCAUUCUCCGUAACCGAGUACUCCUAGGAGCCAUCCUAGGCUGCUUCCUCACCGGCCCCGCGGUGACAAUCCUCUACAUCGAACUCCCGCAACGAUUCCAAACCGUCAACCAAAGCAGCGCCCUCCGCGCCGGUUUGCAAGUCCUCACCUUCGGGGUGGGCUCGCCCGCCGGCGCCGCGAUAUGCAGUCUUCUGGCGGGACGGUUCGGAUGCCCUUUCGUCUAUCUCGCGGCGGCAGGGUCCGUGCUGCAGAUCGUGGGGGCGUUCCUCCUCGCCUCGGUGCCGGCGACGCUCCGCAUCUGGCCGGGCCAGUACGGCUACAUGGCUAUCACGGGGGUGGGGACGGGGAUCUCGAUUGCGGCGCUCUACAUGUGCGUUCCGGUGGUGGUUCGUGGGUCGACGGAUCAAGCUACGGCGAUGGGCUUGACGCUUCAAGCGCGCAUGAUCGGGGCCUCGCUGGGGGUGGCGAUCGUCAACAGUAUCUUGAUCGAUUACGUCGAGGGCCAUCUUCCGGGGACUAUCAGUGAUGUGCAUGUGCUUUCCGGGCUCCCGGCGGGGGUUCAGGAGGAGGUUCGCAGAGUCUACGCGGAGGGAUAUGGUCGACAGAUGUAUGCGGUGGGGGCAUUUGGGGCGGCGCAGUGGAUUGCUGUGAUGUUGAUGUGGAAGAGGGAGCAGGUUCGGUUUGUGCAGUGA